AUGCGUGCUAUCCGGGUGGACAACCGAUUGGCUGGUUAUCGAUUACAUCGAGUCGGAAUCGUUGGAAGUACUAUUUUCCUCCAGGAUAAAUUUACUCUAAAGCGCGACGACAUUCCUGAUGACACCAAUGAGAAAUGUAGCCGCUUCCCAAUUGCUGUCGAUUCAGACCACGAGAGAUACGAAUUUUCUUGCGAACGACGCGGAUGGGCGCAGUUUUCAGCGGAUAUCGACCGAAUGUUCUAUACGAUAGUUGGAGAGACCUCAGUUAUUAUGAUAGGUAUUCGUGCAAUAGCAAUCGCUCCACUUCAGCCUCCAACAUUAGUCGAAUGCGCGCUAAUGGCUCUGCAAGACCAAUACUGCAACAAAGACGAUGUAGGUGCUCGUAUAGGUGGACUAUCGCCCGAAGACGUUAAAAAAAUGGUUGGCUAUCGCGGUACAUCGUUGAUUCCUACAUGA